CUUUAUUGGACGGGUCUAACCAAAUCAAUCUGAACGAGACCAUCUUCUCUGGUAAAUAUUCUAUACGGUUGGUGGUGACUUGAGAAUGGAGACUCGUUGAUCGGCGAUCGGCAAAAGAAAUAAUAAGUAUGGCAGCUGACAAGGAAAAAUUAGCCAGGAAGUGAAGAUGGAAAUACUGCCUGUGAAGAGGGAGAAGAAGCACAAGAAGCAGUCCAGAAAAACUGAAAAUAACGAGGCUGAUGCUACAGAAAUUCUUGAGAGUGAGAAUCUCUGUACACCAACGGUUGUGGACAAACAGGGAUUUGAGAAAGACGAAAUUACAGAAAUAGAGCAGGAGGGCGGGGAGACGGUGAAGAAGAAUAAUAAAGCAAAAAAAGAUGCUAAGGGUACAAAGAUGGAGGAAGAGAAGAGUACUAAUGAGAACGAAUUGUUCAGAAUGUGCAGUGAGGCCUCAGUCUAGAUGCAUUGAAGAAAGUAGGAAAAAAGAUGAGGAAAUUACAAAAGAACAAGAAUGUAGAUAAACAAAGCCCUGAGACAGAAAGAAUAACCGAAAUGAAGAGUGGUCAAGAAGUUGAAAAAGAAAUAAAGAACAAGAAAAUGAGGAAAGAUUAUAAGGAUGGCUAUACUGAAAACAAGGGAAGAAAAAAGGAUUGGAAAGAGAUUGGAACAUGUAGCGAGAUUCAUGAAGUUAUUGCUUUGGAAAAGGAUGUAGGGGAGAAGAAAAGGAAAAGAGAGAAAAAACAAAGCAAGGAUGAUAGUAGUGGGCAACAUGAUACUCUGACCGAAGCUUCUAUAGAUUCCAGAACUGAUGAUGAUUCGACCACAAACAAGAUAUUGGAUGGAGAGAAGAAAAGAGAAAAUGUGGUCGGGACUUUCAUCGAGGGACAAGAUAGAGUUUUCAAGCAGAAGGUUGAAAAGACGAAGAAGAGGAAGAUCAGGAAAGAAGAAAAUGAGAAGUCCACGUUGCAGCAAGAUGUACUGACAGAUGAUAUUGUAGAUGUUGAGGGGGAUGUCAUGGAGAAGAAUGAAAUGAAGAAGAGGAGGAAAAGGAAAGAAAACCCUACAGAGGAUUUAUCUGAUAAUAAGCAAGAAGUAAAUGUUCAUUUGAGCAUGGAUGAAACACGGGAUAAUGAACUAGAAAAUGGGAAUAAAGGAAAGAAGAAAAAGCCUAAGUUAGUUGAAAAUGGUUUGGAUAGUACUAAAACCAAUAAAGGUAACAAGAAAGUGAGAUUUUCCAGUCUUGUUGAGGUUUUCCCACCAACAGAUGAUUUAAAUGCUGUGACUGGGAACAAUGAGGAAGAAAAUCUGGUACGAGGUAAGAGGUUCACACGUGAAGAAGAUGAGAUUGUGGAAGCAGCUGUCUUUAAGUAUAUAGAAGAACAUGACUUAGAUGAAGAAGGUUUGAAGAAGGUUUUGAAUAGUAGAAAGUACCCUGAAGUGAGAAACUGUUGGAAGGAGAUAGGGUUUGCUGUCCCAUAUAGACCCUACAAUGCUGUUUAUUUCCGUGCGCAAAUUUUGUUUCGAAGGUCUGACACUCGUAAAUGGACUGAAGAGGAGUACAAAAUGGUUAGAGAGUGCCAGAAGGCGCACGGGAACCAGUGGAGGGCAUUGGCUGAUGAACUUGGAAAACAUAGUUGGCAUGUUAAGGAUGCUUGGCGUAGAAUAAAAUUACCCAAUACAAAAAAAGGACACUGGUCUCAAGAGGAGUAUCAGGGUUUAUUUAAUUUAGUAAAUGCUGAUCUACAACAGAGAGUUUCCGAAGAGAAGAGAUCAAAGCAUGGCAUGUUGCGGGAUAAUAUUUGUUGGACGGCAAUUAGUGAUAAAUUGUCUACUCGAAAUCAAGCAAAUUGCUGUAUGAAAUGGUACAAUCAGUUAACAUCACCUCUGGUAGCUGAAGGUAUGUGGGCCGAUGUCGAUGACUAUCGACUACUUAGUGUGCUUUUUAACUUGGAUUCAACUUGCAUAGAAGACGUUGAUUGGGACAAUCUGCUUGACGACAGAUCCGGCAACUUGUGUCGAAAGCGUUGGAAUCAAAUGGUUCUUCACAUUGGUAAACACGGGACCAAGUCUUUUGCUGAACAAGUUGAAGUAUUGGCACAGCGUUAUUGUCCACAUCUACUUGAAGCAAGAGAGGCAUGGGAUAAUAAACCAAGGGUUCCGUGAAGGGCCAUUUGGCAUUAGCUUGUGGCCUAGACAUUCUUAGAGCUCUCGACUUCUAGACACUGUUGAGCUCCUUGGUGGCGCUGCUUCUUCUGCCACCGCAGGCCCUCCCCUCAAAUCCUCAUAUUGUUGCUUGACCACGAAACGAUUUCGCCCUUUUUUUGGCUUCACAACUACAGCUACAAAUUUGCGGAUUUCCGGAAUUUUCUGACAAAUCCAGCAUUUGCUGUACACUCAUGUAUACACAACUGCAUACUUAAAAUUGUAUAUAUAGAGUUGUAGAAAGAGGAAACAUAUAUAGAGAUGGAGCACAAGGGGCACAUCGAACAAGAUGACAAUGUGUACGGCAGCGAAGCAACUGAUGAAGCAUACAUGGAUGCCGAAGCCAAGGCCAACGCAGAUGUCAACAUGAAAGCUAAGGAACUGGAGAGUAUGAAGAUGAGGUUGCAGGAGACUGAGGAAGAAGCAGGGCAAGAAAUGAAUGCCAAGGUGGAGAAACAGAUGGGCGCUGCUGAAGGAGGAUUAUAGGCCGAACGAGAAGGAAGAGGAUGGUGUCCCGAGGGUGGGCAGAGUCAUGAGUUCAUGGAAUAAUUAUAAUGAUUGUCCUGAUUGCAAGCUCGCAUAAUGGGAGUCAUAGAGGUGACAACUUGAAAAUAUUUCGGCCGAUAGCCAUCGCGGCACUCCUGGUUCUUAUUCCAGUGAAUGAAUCUGGCGGAAUUUUAUUCUUUCUAUGUCAUGACUUGGUUUUCAGCAACAUCAACAAGCUAUCGAUAACAAACGUUUGUCCUAAAUCUUAUAAUGUGGCAGUUGACAAGGAAAAAUCAGUGAGGAAGUGAAGAUGGAAAUACUGCCUGGGAAGAGGGAGAACAAGCCUAGAAAAGCUGAAAAUAACGAGGUUGAUGCCGCAGAAAUUCUUGAGGUUGAGAAUCUCGGUAGGCAAAUGGUGGUUGAGGGCGAACGGUGGUUGAGGGCGAACAGGGAUUUGAGAAAGACGAAAUUGCAGAAAUAGAACAGACAGGGAGACCUUGAAGAAGAAAAAUAAAGCUAAAAAAGAUGAUAAGGGUACUAAGAUGAAGGAAGAGAAGAAUACUAAUGAGAAUGGAGUGUUCAGAAUGUGCAGUGAGGACCUCAGUCCAAAGUCAAAAAAAAGAGGAGGAAAUUACAAAAGAACAAGAAUGUAGAUAAACAAGGCCUUGAGACAGAAAGUAUAACCGAAAUGAGGGGUGGUAAAGAAAUUGAAAAAGAAAUAAAGAGCAAGACAAUUGGGAAAGACCAUAAGGAUGGCUAUACUGAAAACAAGGGAAGAAAAGAAGAUCGAAAAGAGAUUGGAACAUGUAGCGAGAUUCACGAAGUUAAUGCUUUGGAAAAGGUUGUAGGGGAGAAGAAAAGGAAAAGAGAGAAAAAACAGAGCAAGGAUGAUGGCGGUGGGCAACAUUAACUGAAACUUCUGUAGAUUCCAGAACUGAUGAUGAUUCGACCACAAUCAAGAUAUUGGAUGGAGAGAAGAAAAGAGAAAAUGUGGUCGAGACUUUCAUCGAGGGACAAGAUGGAGUUUUCAUGCAGAAGCUUGAAAAGACGAAAAAGAGGAAGAUCUGAAAAAAGAAAAUGAGAAGUCCACAUUGCAGCAAGAUAUACUGACAGAAGAAACAGUAGAUGCUGAGGGCAAUGCUGUGGAGAAGAAGAAGAAAGAAAAUCCUACAGAGGAUUUAUCUGAUAUUGAGCAAGAAGGAAAUGUUCAUAUCAUGGAUAAAACACGGGAUAAUGAACUAGAAAAUGGGAAUAAAG